AGCAGUGGUGGGCACUGCUAACCUAAAAGUUAGCUUUGCUAACUAGUAAUCCACUAACUAAAAAGUUAGUUUAGCUCACGCUAAAUCACUAAACUUUUAAAGAAAUUGGUGGAAGCUAACACUAACCUCCAAUUUUUUUUUAUAUCGAUUUAGCUGCAGUUUAGUAUUUCAGCUCUAAAACCCUUAAAAACAGACCUAGUGACCUGAAACUUCAAUAUGUUGUUAACUUUCAAGAAAAGUAAAGCAUUCCAAAAUCAGAUGAUGAUAAAGGUGUACACAAAUAAACAAAAAAUUCAACAUACACUUACAUUACCCUAAAAUAUGAAAAAAUUUCUCUAAUAAUUGUCUAAUUAGCCUACUUUAAGGCAUAAUUGACCUAAAAGUGGAAGCCCUGGAAUUAUUGUGCCAUGUGGCUCAACUGGGGCUGUCUUCCCACAACAGACAAGAACAAACCUGUAUGAAUUUUUUAGUGGACUUAAAGUUAGCGGAGGAGGAACUACAUUUAGUGGAAGCUAAGUGGUCCACUAACUGUUUCCAAAGUUAGUGUAAACGCUGAUCAACUAACAAAAAAAUUAGCUUCGCUAAUUAGCGGUUACCGGAUCAGCGAAACCGUGCCCACUGCUGGUAUGGAGAGGAUGUGUACUCUAAUAAGGAAGCAGAGGACUGUGCCAAAAGAUUGGAGAAAAGCCAUCAAUGUGCUGUUGUACAAAGGCAAACGGAGUAGGAAUGAUUGUAACAGCUAAAGGCUAAUAAUCCAACUUAGUGAGCCAGGAAAGGCAAAGUGUUUACAAGUGGGCUAGCACAUUUGCUAUGCUUCCAUUUCAAUGCUUGAAACUGGAAAUUGACACCUGAUCCUAGACUUAUACAUUAUUAUCUAAACUACCAUUAUAAUAACCAGGCUAACUUUUGAAUCGCCAGCACUAUAAGAAGGAGAGAGGUGGAGAGGAAAGGGAGACUACUGCCAUGGCCACCCUUUCCAGGAAAGUCCUUUGAGAUAACAGAGUGUCAGAGCUAUGGAUGGAUGGAUAGAAUCAUUUAUAAUCUCACAUAGCAGUUGGGUAAUUUUUACUUAUUAUUUCAGGUGACACAUCUUGGAGUCAUGGAGACCAUGGAGGUUUCCUGCCAUGAUGUGGAUGUGAAACUAGCAGGAGUCAAGAGGAAGGCUGUUACAGAAGAAUCGAGGAUCAACAAGAAGCAAACAACACUGUUACCACAGAUUGAUGUUGGAUGUGGUAAACUCCCUGUUCCUGGAAGUUUUUUGAAAUUACAAGAAGUCUUAGAUAUUUGCAGACACCCAAAAAAUAUUCUUGAGUCUGUGCCACCAGGAAAGAAAAGCAAUGUAUUCUAUAUUGUUGAUGACUCAAUAAAUGCUCUCAGAAGAGAAAGGGAUCAACCAGUCAAAUAUGAUGAUGACUGUGGAAAGUGGACAUCCAAAGAUUUCACUCGAACCUUUUAUGUUCAAAAUGUUGAAGGGAUAGCUAGAUGCUUGAAAACGAAAAAUAAUCUUUUUUAUAAAGACUCACAUGCCAAGGGUGGGUCUUUUGUGGCUCCUUUGAACCCGCAACCAGACCCAAGUACCCUAAUUAGGGUUCAUCGGCGUAUAUUCCUAUCUUCCAGAAGCAGCUUCAGGAGGCGCAUUACAGCAAUGUCAGGAAGUGGUAUGAGAACCAUUGCACUCAUUGAGUACAGUGAUGCCUCGAGUGCUGUACAUGGAACAGAUGACAAAGGAAUUGAUAAUAAGGAAGAAAGUACCAAGAUUGCUGUGAACCCCAAAGAUUUCCAUAGAAUAGAGAACAAGUUUGUUCAUAAUGCAGAAAAAAGUUCCAGUAUUGCUGCAGACUCUAAAGACGUGUUUGGGAGAGACAAUGUUCAUAAAUCUGAAAAAAGUUCCAGUAUUGCUGUGAACUCUGGACAUGUGCUUGGGACAGACAAGAAUGUUGCUCAUAAAUCUGAAAAAAGUUCCAGUAUUGCUGUGAACUCUGAACAUGUGCUUGGGACAGACAAAAAUGUUGUUCAUAAAUCUGAAAAAGGUUCCAGUAUUGCUGUGAACUCUGAACAUGUGCUUGGGACAGACAAGAAUUUUGUUCAGAAUGCAAAAGACUGUAGUACCAAUAUUGCUGUGAACUCCAAACAUGUGCUGGAAGCAAAGAAGAAAGUUGUUCAUAAUGUGGCUAAAAGACCUAGAGGUAGGCCUCGUCUUAAUAGAGUUCAUAAUGUAGUGAGGAGACCAAGGAGUAGGCCUCCUAUGAAUAUAGGCCAUAAUGUGGUAAAAAGGCCUAGGCGUAGGCCUCCUAGGUACAGAGUCAGUUGUGGUGAUGCUGAAGCAAACUACCAUAGGAGCAGCAAAGUACGCAGAACAAGACUAAAGACGUGCAAGUACCCCACUCCUAAGGAAUGUAGCAGUAAUGGUAAGCCAAUUUUUGAACCUCAUGAAGAAUUAGUGGGUCAUGACAAAAGGGUUCCCAUGAGCAGCAGACAGCCAUCACACAAACCAGGCCAUGCCACCACAGGGAUGCAGAAGGAUACUGCAGGGUAUGAUGAAGACUUUCUGAUGGUUGGCAUGUUAGAAGAAAAUCCAAAUGUCCAGGAAGUAAUCAGCAGAAAAUCUAAGCCCCCGUGUGUCAUUUUGUAUAGUGACAAGCAAUUCAGUGAUAUGAAGAGGAACCUUGAGUGUGAAUGUAUAUUGGGAGUGGACUGCACUCACAAGUUUGGUGAUUGUUAUGUCACCAUGACAGUCUACCAGAACUCCAGAGCACUACACAAAGACACAGUUGAGCCACUCCUGUUCCUGGGCCCUGUGUACCUUCACUGGGAUAAGGAGUGUUUGACGUAUGUGUCUUUCUUUUCACAUAUAAUGGACAAGUUAGAGGGCAUUGAGCCUACUAUUGAGGUGAAAUUAGGAAAUGAUGUUGAGUUACAAUUGUUCAGAGCAUUGAAGAUUUCUUUUCCAACAUCACCGUAUAUACUUGACUGUCAUCAUCUGAAGAAAACUUUACAGAGAGAUAUCCUUGAUAUUGUAUCUGGUAAAAUAAAAUUAUCUUCUGCAAUAUUAGAUCAAAUAUUUGGUGAGGAAGGCUUAAUUCACAGCUCUUGUUUGUCUGCUUUUGAAAAGGGAGUCUUGGAUUUGGCAUGUUAUUCUGAUGAAUUUCCUAGUCUGAAAAGUUACUUUGAUCAUCUACAAUCAUUAUUAUAUCCAUAUGUAUGUGAACCACAUCAGAGAGGCAUCUCCCAGAAGUUGUGGGUAAAAGGCAAUGAUGAAGUUUUGAAUGAGCACUUUCACUCAAUGCUCAAGUGCAGAGAUAAUAAUUUAUCUGAAAUUGUUGAAAAAAUAAGUGCCAUCUCUAAACUGCAAAUGCUGGAGUUAAAUGAUAUAUGAUGCAUGUCUUUGCAUUGUAGUGUGGAAGCAUGUUGAGAAAGUAGGUUACCAGGAUAUAUAUAUAUAUAUAUAUAUAUAUAUAUAUAUAUAUAUAUAUAUAUAUAUAUAUAUAUAUAUAUAUAUAUAUAUAUAUAUAUAUAUAUAUAUACUUAAUUUAGGCAUAUCAAAAAGAAUAGCAAUCUUGUUACUGAUCCUGUUACAAAGUUAUUCUUUGGUAUGAGCGUGAAAGAUCAGUACAGAGGCCAUAGAAUGAACAUGCUAAGGAACCUGUGUGGGGAGCAAAAGGGUGGCUGGGUCAGUAAUGAGGAAGUGCAGGAGAGCUGUGGAAUAUAGGAGUCAAGUGAAAAGUGAAUUGAGGAAAGUAUCCUAUAGUAAGACUCACCUUAAUGUGCGGCUGUGUCAGUGCCCUAUGAGGAACAAGUUGUGUUGCCACGUUUUCAACCCCACGUUGGUUCUCUCUCUCUCUCUCUCUCAUGUCAGCUUAUUUUAAUGUACAUUCCUUCACGAUAUAAUCUGAAUAUAAUGUGAAACUACUUACACAUCCCAAAACGAAAGGGAAACUCAAUAAUAAAUAUAGCUUUUUUUUUUUAGCAACACUAAAAUAUGUAUGCCAAGUUUCUUUGUAUGCUUAUAAAUAUCCUAUUCACAAUAAGUUAACUGUUCUUUCAUACGUUAUGAUACUAAAGAUAAAUGUGUAUGCAUAUUUGCCUUGGUUUUGCUUAUAUUAGAACAUUUCUACAUCGUGGGCUAGGAGACACGCGGCAAAGCUGUACAAGGGGAUCCCUCAACGCUGAACCCCCAAGCCGCAUGUUUAGCCGAGUCAGACUAUAGGAUGGUUAGGUCAUACUUCAAGAUGGAGUACAAGAGGAUAAAAUGUUCUACUACAUUGAAGUUGACAACUAGUUUAGCACCCUUAUAUGUUGGCUGUUUAAUUUAUGUAACAAAAAUUUUUUUUUUCUAUGAAAAUAUGCAGUUUUCUAUAAAAAUCACAUAGGAACUAUAAUAAA